ACAAAACCCAAUAACAAAGGAAAGCCCACGCCGCCGCACAAGCUCACUGAUAUUCUUGUUUGGUUCCGUUAACGAUCGAAAGUUUCAAUCUUUUUCCCAAUUCAUAAACCACAAAUUUAAUAUUGAUUUCAGCUAUGGAUGCGAGAACUGUGCUAGGUCGCAACGACAUAGAUGAUGUUCGCUGGCUGUGUUCUUUGUCCGAGUCUGAAAUUGAUUUUUUGAUGGGCUUGAAGACAAUGGUGAACAUGCGCGCCGAGAAAAUUGGCCGCGAAGUUUUGGCUAAGAAAUUCGACUUGGGAAUGUUGCGAAUCCUCAGUUCCGUUUUUAUGGAACAUUUGAAGGGGCAACUAAAAGAUAAACCAGCAGCUUUUGCCUUUGACUGUAAUUUACUAAAAGAGAAUGUCAGUGAUGAUUUUGGCAGUAUGAGUGUUGAGGAUUUGUUUCCAUACUUCUGCUCUGAUCAGAGGAAAAGAAUAACCGAUAUGUUUCUUGGAGAUAUGCCUCCCUCUCAGAAGCAAAAGAAGCAAAAGCAAGCCUCUGAGGACUCUAUUUGACUCGUAAUCAGAGUCAACCAACGACCAUGGGUUUGGGCGUUUUCUUUUGAGAGGCCUUCAUCUGAGUUUUGUUCGUUUGUUAUGCUGUUGGUAGAAGACUCGUGAGUAGAUCACUAUCCUGUAAGCAGUAACCAAAACAGAAUUGAAAGUCUUUUGGGUUAAUGAUGAAAUAUCGAGACAAGCAGAAUUGAAAGUCAUUUGGGAUAUUCAUAUACAUACAAUGCCUUGUAUAGCAGCCAUUACCUACUUUGAUGGGAUUUUUCUUUCUGUAGCCACAUUUGAUGGGACUCGUAGUAAACAUUCUCACGUAUCCAUGCCCAGUUUAUUUUAUAUGUUGGUUGAAUGGUUCCACUUACACUGUAUUCAAAGUAUUGGUGACUGCAUUUGAGGUGUAUAUAAUAAUUAACUGUUCAAUAUUUUGUAGGCAACUGCAUUUUUUAGUACUGCCAUUCCUAUUUCGGUUGCUUGUAGUGGCCUGUGGGCAGUGGUUUAUUAACAUCAACAAAAAAAUCUUCAUGAGAACCCAACAUACGAAAUGCAGUGUGAACAAUAUAUAUUAUAAUAAACCAAGAAAGACAAGUAAACUUCAU